GAUCUAGAUUUGCUCUCUACUGGAUCCUUAAUCCUUGUUUGUAAUGUCGUUUGUCUUUGUCUCUAUUGCUGCCGGCUACUGUCUCUAGAGGAGACUUGUCUCUCGACGGUUUAGUGUUUUUAGAUUUUUAUUACAACCUUCUAUAAUUCUCGAAUGGUUUAGUGUUAAAAAGAUAUAAAUUAUUUGUUUGUUCUUCAAAAUAAAAUAAUGAAAAAACAUUUUUUAAAAAAAGGGAAUAAAACAGAAGAAAGAGAGAAGCACAUCUGAGGAUCAAAGACACGGCAAGCAGCAAAGGAAGUGAAGCGAAAACGAAGAUGAAGGCGUUAGGGUAUUGGUUAAUGGUGGUUGGUUCGCUGAGGUUAGCUGCGGUUUGGUUCGGUUUCUUCAACAUUUGGGCUCUUCGUCUCGCCGUCUUCUCUCAGACCACCAUGAGUGAAGUACAUGGACGUACGUUCGGAGUAUGGACACUCUUGACAUGCACUCUCUGCUUUCUUUGUGCAUUCAACCCCGAAAAUAAACCGUUAUACUUGGCUACCUUUCUCUCAUUCAUCUACGCCUUAGGCCAUUUCCUGACUGAGUACCUCUUCUACCAUACAAUGACCGUCGCCAAUCUCUCAACCGUGGCCUUCUUCGCAGGCACGUCGAUUGUGUGGAUGCUCUGGGAGUGGAAUUCCCUUGAACAACCGCACUCCAAACUUUCUUGACUUUUUUUUUCUUUUCAAGAAGACAUGUAACUGGGUCUUUCUUCUUUGAAACUUUUUUAAGAGUUGGAAUCAUCUCCGGCUUUUUGCUCGGAUUCCUAGAGCUGUUGUGAUCUAUAUAUUUCAUCUUCCUAUCUUUGAUAGUCUCAAGGAGACUUGUAGGACUUGUUAUCUUCUAAUAAACCUGACUCAAAUUUUUCAAUCAUGUAUUGUAUGACAUCUGCUACAGCUGAAUUGACUUUUUUUUUUCAAA